AUGCCAUCAUCCAAGCUUGCGCCUGUAAGGCGUAUUGUCAUCGGCCACGACAACAACGCGCACUCGACCAUCAAGUAUGAUAGCCAGCUUAUGUCAGAGCAUCUGACCAUGGGCGUCGAGGUCAAAACUCUUUGGAUAACCGACACAUUUCCAGCCAACACAAAUAUUGUGGGAGACCCAACGGAAUCGCACUCUGGCUUUAUGGCUCCAGGUUCUCUCAUCAGAGUCGUGGACUUUCCCCCGCAAUCGCAAGGUGCAACACAUCGAACAGUGUCCUUGGACUAUAUUAUUCUGGUCAAAGGUAGCCUUGUGCAUUGGACGGACGAUGGCAGUACUACCACGGUCAAUGAAGGAGAUGUUCUGGUUCAACAGGGAACAAUGCACCGUUGGGAUAACAACACGGAUGAGUGGGCUCGGAUCGUGUGUAUUAUUCUUCCAGCAACUGAGCCAGUGAUUAAUGGCCAAAAGCUGGGGGAUGACUCUCACUCAAUUGGGCUUUCGUGA